AUGAAAGAUAGGCUUCAGUUGAAUAAGCAUAUCGUAAGCCUCCGAUCUCUGUCCAUCAACGCAUUACAAGCUCUAAUUACAGAAACGCAUACAAUGGCGUCAAGCUCCACGCAUAAUGCGAAGAAUUCCCUAAAACGCCUUCGCAAACAAACUAAUAACAUAGCCUAUCACAUGCCUAGCCUAACAGCUCUAAGGUUUAUUAUCUGUGACCAACAUGGACCUCCUCUUAUGUCUGCCCAGGUUCCUCUCGCACAGGCUUUAGUUCUGUUCGACCUUUGA